ACUUUCUUUUUUUCUUCUUCUUGUUGUUCUUAUGAAAAGCCUAUUGUACUUAUACCUAUAAUGUCCAGAGUUACAUCUAAACAAAAAAAAUAAUAACAACAAAGCAUUCGUCACGUGACUGCAAAGAAGAUCCAUACAGGUGAAAUCAGCAGUCAGUCUGCCUUCUCACUACACACAAUAUAGCACAGAUUGAUGAUCUAAACCGACCAAUCGCGCAGGCGCCUGGAAGCGCGCUCUGUUAUUUGGUAAAGGUGAACGCUAGUAAAAGGAGGGGUAGAAGAAAACGAAGUCUACGUUCACCAAUGACCGGCCACGUAUGGGGGUCACGUGUUGCCCCCAGCUCCCUUCCCCUCCCCUCCCCAUUCAUCAGGGGUGGACUGUGUGUUGUCUUUUCAAUUCAUUUAUCUGCAGGAAUGAUUGCAACUAUCAGUCCGAAGCAGCUCGACUCGCGGAGGAGGAGGUGAAAAGUUGGGGGAAGAAGACAAACCUGCAGAAAAGGGGACAGAGACAACAAUAAUCGCGCGUGAUUGUUUGUGUUUUUUUAUUUUGCGCGCGGAUGAGUUGGACUUAGGGGGAAAUAUUUCCCUCUGCACUAAAAAAAAAAAACAAGCAGGUAAAUAGAAGUAAAACAGGAAACUGGAGUUUGCUUUGGGUUGCAUUAAGUCAGAGAGAAAAAACCCCAGCAGAGACAGUUGUUAUAGAGUUGUUGUGGUCUUGCGCGUGAUUGCUCUCGAGCUGCUCCUGUUGCGGGCUUAAAGAUGCUCUUGGACGCGGGAGCGCAGUAUCCGACGAUCGGAGUGACUACUUUCGGCUCCUCCAGACAUCACUCAGCGGGCGAGGUGGCGGACCGCGAGGUGGCUUUGGGGAUCAAUCCGUUCGCAGACGGUAUGGGCGCGUUUAAAAUCAACCACGGCUCGCACGAGCUCGGCUCCGCCGGCCAGGCGGCGUUCUCCUCGCAGGCGCCCGCAGGCUACGCGGCCGCAGCCGCCCUGGGACACCACCACCAUCACCAUCACCACGCGACCCACGUCGGCUCGUACUCCACGGCGGCAGCCGCGGCGUUCAACUCCACGCGGGAUUUUCUCUUCCGGAACCGGGGCUUCGGGGACGCGACAGGCGCGCAGCACAGUCUCUUCGCCUCCGCCGCCGGGAGCUUCGCCGGGCCACACGGGCACUCGGACGCCGCCGGGCACCUGCUUUUCCCGGGACUGCACGAGCAAGCAGCGACGCACGCGUCCGCCUCGAGUGUCGUGAACGGCCAGAUGCGCCUGGGCUUUUCCGGCGACGUGUACGGCCGGGCUGAGCAGUACGGCCACGUGGCGAGCCCCAGGUCCGACCCGCACUAUGCUUCCACGCAGCUACACGGCUACGGUCCCGUGAACAUGAACAUGGCUGCGCAUCACGGCGCCGGUGCCUUCUUUCGGUACAUGCGGCAGCCGAUCAAGCAGGAGCUCAUCUGCAAAUGGGUCGAACCGGAGCAGCUCAGCAACCCGAAAAAGUCCUGCAACAAAACUUUCAGCACCAUGCACGAGCUCGUCACCCACCUGACCGUGGAGCACGUCGGCGGACCCGAGCAGUCCAAUCACAUCUGUUUUUGGGAAGAGUGCUCGCGGGAAGGGAAACCGUUCAAGGCCAAAUAUAAGCUCGUCAACCACAUCAGAGUUCACACCGGAGAGAAACCGUUUCCGUGUCCGUUUCCUGGUUGUGGCAAAGUGUUUGCCCGAUCAGAAAACCUGAAAAUACACAAGAGGACACACACAGGUGAAAAACCGUUUAAGUGUGAGUUUGAAGGCUGUGACCGGCGGUUUGCGAACAGCAGCGACCGAAAGAAACACAUGCACGUCCACACGUCAGAUAAACCAUAUCUGUGUAAAAUGUGCGACAAAUCCUACACACACCCCAGCUCCCUCCGGAAACACAUGAAGGUUCACGAGUCCACGUCUCAGGGCUCUCAGCCGUCUCCAGCAGCCAGCUCGGGCUACGAGUCCUCCACUCCUCCCACCAUCGUCUCUCCAUCCACAGAGAACCAGGGCAGCAGCUCCAUAUCGCCUUCAGCUUCCUCUACGGUGCACCACACCACCACCUCUACCCUGGCCUCAAAUUUUAACGAAUGGUACGUGUAAAUAUUUUCAACAACAGCAGCAGAAGCAGCAGCAACAACAACAAAAAAAAGACUGCAAAUUGUUCAGACUGCUUGGAAAUGAAAACACACAAGGACUCUUAGAGGAUGAGAGAAGUAAAAUGGAGAACCCCUGAUGUUUUUCUGGUUAUAUAGCAGAGCCAUGUGAGGGCAUGGAGGCCCACUCCUAUAGACUAAAACCUCUUCCCCCCCUAAUAUACACAUACUUUUUAUUAUUUUUUUAAUUUUCUUUUUUUCUUUCUUUUUUAUUCCUUUCUUCGGGGGGAGACACAGAGACUGCUCACAGGGGAUCAGUUGCAUGCUAUAAGCAGGUGGAAAAAAUAAAACCCUGCCUUUUUUUGUUUUGUACAUAAAGAUUGACCUAGUUUAAAAUGUAAUAUUUUUAUUUUGUAAAUAGUCAUAAUACAGUUUAAGGGAAAAAUUUGUGAAGAACAAGAAGAAGAAGAAGAAGAAAAAAAACGUGGUCCCUAGAUAUAUGGAAAAAUGAGAUGGCUUUACGAAUAUUGCGAUGAUUUAGUCUUGGCUGAAAAAUGGAGAAUGUUCUAGUUAAUGUGUACCAAAUGUGAAUUAUUCAGUAUUAUACCGUCUACACGUUUACCUAACCGACUAUUAGUAUUAAUGUGCUUUUUUGUAUCCAGUGCAACAUUUCGUCUAAAGUCCAGUCUAAGUAGCACAAAUUGUUGUUAUUUAAUGUCAUGUCGAUAAAUUGUGUAGUGAAAGCCUGAAACGUGUCAAUCUUGUUUAUGUAUAAGUGAUAUAAAAAAAUAUAACAACAAAAAAAAAAGAAAGAUCCUGUCUAUUUGCAAUGCCACUUUUGCAGGAAAUGAUGAGCUGUAUUACGGUUUCAGUUUUCCAUAUUUAUCCGCAUGUAAAGGAUCCGGUAUAAACUCAUGUUAUAGACAUAUAGGCCUUAUCAGUAUUUAUGGAGAAAUGCGUUUGGUAGGGUUAUGUAAAAUUUAGUUUUCCAAAUAAUGUUUGGUUACAAUUUCGUACAAUAUUAAAGAAUUCAACGUACAACAUUCAA